ACUUACUCUGCCUCCAACCCAUACAACGCAGCCCACGUCUCACAUCCCAUUCUGAUACUCCCGUGCUGCUGGCAGUACUUUCAAUCGAACUUCCACCAAAACCGCAAAAAUGGUUCAAGGAUCCCUCAAGAAGGCCAAGACCAACACGGCCUCCACGAAACGGCCCACUGCCCUCGGUCCUAAGCCCGGACCUCGACAGAUUGCGCCCAAGAAGGCUUCGUUGGUCAAGCAGAAGAAAAUCACCAAGAAACUCACUGCCGGUUUGACGGCAAGGACGGAGAGGAGUUUGGCUGAGCGGGCAGGUCAUUUGGAACUGCUGGCUGGUGGAAAGAAGGACAAAAAGAAGGCCGCUGAGAAGGGGAACCAGGGUGCAAAGAAAUAAAGGACAGGAGUUUGGUUGGGACUCCUGUUUGAGGAAUGGGUUGAUCGACGGCAUGUCGAUCAAGGUCGCCAUUUGUUCGCUGAUAUAGUAUACAUUACACUAUGAUUAAUGAAACCAGAAGAUACCC